AUGCCUCCUUCCAAGGGCAAGAGGCAGCAACCAUCACCGCGCGCCCCCUCCUCUCGCUCCUCCCCUGACCGCGGCGGCGGCGGCGGCGGCAGCACAAGCGUCGACCUCCCAUCCAUCGCCUCCGCCGCCGCAGCGCGGUUCCCGGCGCUCGUGCCACGCGGCGGCGCCGGCUGCCUCGCUGGCACAGUCGACGAUGUGGCCCCCAGGGCUGGGAGCCGAGGCGGCGGCUUGGGGAGGCUCUGGCUCUCCGAGGCCGCCAUGGUCGGCGCCGGGAUGCGGCCCGGGUGCCUCGUCUCAGUGUCACUGAUGUCUUUGAGCAGUGACCAAUUAGAUGGAUUCCCUCUAGACAAUUUAUUUGAGGAGUGCAAGAGAUUCUUUGGUCUUGAUGUGGACAAUGAUCUCCUGUAUGGUGAAGCUGGGAGAACCUUUGUGGUUGCCACAGUUUUCCCCUCACGUGAGGUUCAAAAGAAUAGCGUCAAGCUCUCUUGGGAUCUUGCAUGUAUUUUGGGAUGCCCUUCAAAUCUUUACCUCAGUCUAGUUCCAUCUGAGGUUGGAUCUGCCAGUAGCAAUGAAUCAGAGUCUGACUGUUGUCCUGAAAGAAAUGAAAUGGUUAUGGAGACAUGUAAGAAGAUACCUUCUGCUCCACUGCAUAGGAAGGAGUCCUUGUACUUUUCAUUCAACAGUGGCUCUUCAAUGUGCUUGGAUCAAACCACUGCAAGAUCAGCAUUAGCAGAUGAAGAAGUUAACGAGUUGUUGCAGACUUCAGCUCAACGGUGGCUUAAUGGUAGACAGUUACUAAAAGGGAAUUUUGUUCCUCUCUCAAUGUGCGGAAAAUUGUCUUUGUUUGUGGUGAUGGGAGCAGAAUUUGAUGGCUCUGCCCAAGGUGAUUUGUGCAAGAAAGGGAAUACACUGUCUACUGCAGAAGACUCAGCUAACUUUGGGGAAACCCUAGUUUCGUUCCUUGUUGAUAGAACCACAAAAGUCCAUCUGUCUGAUUCUGUUUGCACAGAGAAGCUUCGCCCAGAUAAGCUAGAUUUACCAUUGGAACUUGAAUGUGACAAAAGAAAUGAAGUUUCCAAUCAUACUCCAAUGCUUGGUGGGUUAUCUAAAGAGUCAGCCAUCAUAAAAGGAAUAAUUUCAUUUUCACUGGCUGAUCAUAUUGGUCUGCCAAGAUACAAAGGUGUUCUUCUUUAUGGUCCACCUGGAACAGGGAAAACUUCUCUUGCCUCUUCCUGUGCCUAUGAUGCAGGAGCCAACCUUUUUACAGUCAACGGACCAGAGAUCAUUAGUAAUUAUUACGGUGAAAGUGAGCAAUCUCUGUAUGAUGUUUUCAGUUCAGCUAAGAAAGCUGCGCCUGCUGUGAUAUUUAUUGAUGAAUUGGAUGCAAUUGCUCCAUCAAGGAAGGAAGGGAGCGAGGAGUUGUCUAUUAGAAUGGUGGCCACUCUGUUAAAACUGAUGGACGAGAUAGGUCCUAGUGAUCAUGUUCUCUUAAUUGCGGCUACUAAUCGGCCUGAUAGUAUCAAUCCUGCACUGCGGCGUUCUGGAAGAUUGGAUAAAGAAAUUGAGAUAGGAGUACCAUCUGCUGCACAGAGGAUGGACAUACUUCGCCACCUUCUAAUUGGAGUUCACCACUUUCUCAGUAAUGAGGAACUUGAGUCUAUUGCUCUAGCUACCCAUGGGUUUGUGGGUGCUGAUCUAGCCGCACUAUGCAAUGAGGCUGCAUUGAUUGCUCUUCGCCGUUUCAUCAGCCUAGGAGAAAAUUCGAGUCUACAACUUGGUCAACCUGACUCUAGCGUAGAUAAGUGUAUUCGAGAUACUGGUCAUCCUGGCUAUCAAGAAAGCUCAUUAUCAUUGUCUUUAUCAACUAUGUCAUUGGAUGAUGGUCCCACUGAAAAUAGGAAUAACACAAAAAUUAGCAAGUCUUAUGAUGAGAAAGAUGAAAAAAAUAUUGUAAUGCUUGAGGUUCCGAAAGUACGUUGGGAAGAUGUUGGUGGUCAAGCCAGUGUCAAGGAGCAGCUUAUUGAAGCCAUCCAAUUGCCGCAGAAAUACCCAGAAGCAUUUGAGCGUUUAGGGAUCAAACCCCCCAGUGGAUUGCUAAUGAUAGGACCACCAGGUUGCAGCAAGACACUGAUGGCUCGCGCUGCAGCUUCUGAAGCAAAAUUGAACUUCCUUGCAGUUAAGGGUCCUGAACUUUUCAGCAAAUGGGUCGGUGACUCUGAAAAGGCAGUGAGGUCGCUGUUUGCAAAGGCUAGAGCUAAUGCACCAGCAAUAUUAUUUUUCGAUGAAAUAGAUGGGUUUGCAGUAACUCAUGGGCUUGAAAAUGAUGGCACGUCUGUUGCUGACAGAGUCCUCUGUCAGUUGCUUGUGGAAAUGGAUGGUUUGGACCAGAGAGUUGGUGUAACUGUUAUUGCAGCUACUAAUCGUCCUGACAAAAUUGAUCCUGCACUUCUAAGGACAGGUCGUUUUGAUAGGGUGCUUGAUGUGCAACCGCCAAACAAAGCUGACCGGGCAGAUAUUUUCCAGAUUCAUACACGCAGCAUGCCAUGUAGUCCCGACGUGUAUCUGAAGGACCUUGCUAGACUCACCGCAGGCUACACCGGUGCGGACAUAAAGCUUGUCUGCAGGGAAGCUGCUGUUGCAGCACUUGAUGAGAGCUUUGACUUGGAAGAAGUAGCAAUGAGGCAUUUCAAGUCUGCAAUCAGCAGUGUAAAGCCGUCUGAUGUUGAGUUUUAUCAAAAACUUGCAAAGGAUUUCUGCAGAUAUGUGGAUGGCGGUGCACCCCCGAGGAAGCAAUACUCUAGAAGAUGGUUAGGUUUAAAACGUGGUCACAGAAAUUUUGUCGUAACUUGUAUCCUAAAAGCGAUUCCUUUUCUCAUAUCUGCCACAUCACCUUUGUUCUUUGAAAUGUAA